AGAAGUUACCUGUUGGAUUGUUCUGUCCAUUCUCUUCCCAAUUCUUGCGGUAACCCCUAAGAGGGGAGCCGCAGACCGUAAGCCUUUUCCGAAAAAGAGGUAAGGGAAGGUAGACAAGGACGGCGGAGGAGACUGGCUAUUACAUUCCGAAGGAGGGACCCAUUGUACUUCUCUAGGGCACUCACUCGGCCUCGAGAAGACAGAACAGAGGUGACUUCUCGGUAGCAAAGGAACAGCCGGUCUAGGCUUCCUCUCGUCUGCUUUUUCCCUAGCCCAAAACGAUAGAGCCGUAUGGCUUCCGCGGUCUGGGGGAGUGCCCCCUGGUGGGGCCCGCCGCCACCAGCCCCAGCCCGCCCGCUCACAGAUAUCGACUUCUGCUCUGGAGCACAGCUCCAGGAACUAACCCAGCUUAUCCAGGAGCUGGGUGUGCAGGAGAGCUGGAGGGACGGGCCCAAGACGGGACCUGACCUCCUCCGGGCCAAGGACUUUGUUUUUUCUUUACUUGGUCUCGUUCACCGCCGAGACCCCCGCUUUCCUCCCCAAGCAGAGCUCUUGCUGCUUCGUGGCGGGAUUCGCGAGGGCUCCGUGGAUCUGGGGCCUUCACCCCUAGGUCCCUACGCCCGGGGACCUCACUACGACGCCGGCUUCACGUUACUGGUGCCCGUAUUUUCUCUAGAUGGCAUUGGGCAGGAGCUGCAACUGGACAUGGAAUCCAAUUAUGCCUGGCUCUGCCUCCCAGAAUUGAUGCACGGAACCUCGGUCCGAAAGGCAUGGCAGGAUUGCCUAGGACCCUCCGUCUCUGGAGGACGUGAUUUGAUCCACCGAACCGAAAGCGAAGAAAGUCCCAAAGACCAGCAAAGCUCGGCGGACCAACUGCACGGUUACGUCACUGAGCUUGAGCUGCGCUCGUCUUUGGAAAAAUCACCUAGUAACGGCUCCAGGGCCGAGUUGCCUCGGCAAGACGUAACCGAUUUUAGCUUUCCCGCACCGCUGAAAAAACUGAAUGGUGACGUCACCAAAGCAGCCACAGAUAGUCCAGUCCCACAGCCGUCGGAGGCUCCGGAGGCGUGGCCCACAUUGUGCCCUGCCAAGGUGGCUGCGUGGUUCUUUGCUAUGCUGGCUGAGGUCGCCGAGUCCCUGAUCCCGGUCCCAGGUGCCCCGCGCUUGGUCCACGCAGCCCGCCACGCAGGGUUCACCACCAUUCUCCUGGCUACGUCAGGGCCCCCACGCCGCCUCCUGCUUUUCGACCUAAUCCCUGUUGUGUCCGUGACCGGCUGGCCCGAGGGAGCUCGGAGCCACUCCUGGGCCGGCCCGCUGGCCUCCGAGUCGUCCUCCUUCUACCUAGUGCCCGGCGGCGACAUAGAGCGGCCGGGCGCUUCCGGCUGGCAGCUGUGUUUCGCCCGCCAGGAGCUGGCGCUCAAGGCGCUCAUACCCUCCCCGCUGCUGCAAGCGCACGCGGCUGCCCAGGCGCUGCUGCGCCCGCUGGUGGCCGGAACCCGGGCCGCGGCGCCCUAUCUUCUGCGGACGUUGCUCUACUGGGCUUGCGAGCGACUGCCGGCGCUCUAUCUGGCGCGGCCCGAGAAUGCUGGCGCCUGCUGCCUGGGGCUGCUGGAUGAGCUAGCCCGUGUGCUCGAGGCUGGGACUCUGCCCCAUUAUUUUCUGAGCGGACGAAAGCUCUGGGCAGGGGACAGUGCUACUGCGCUGCUCGUGGCGUUGGCCCGGCUUCGUGGGGACCCUGCCCGGGCCCUGUGCGCCACGGUGGAGGAGGCCAAGACAGCGCGAAAGGGGGGCGGCUUAGCUGGCCUGGGAGACAGGUCCCAUUAAAGACUAUUCCUGUCUGCAUGGAAAGCCUCUCACUUGGGAGACAGACUUAGCACUCCGGACCUAAAGAUCCCGUUCUAGAAGGCAUCCUUGCGGGUUCCAUCCCGUCAUUCCAUUUGCCUCCUGCCCCAUCUCUGGUACAGGUCGCCCCAUUCUGGCUUCUCUGCUCUCCAAAUCCGUGAUCAGCAUCCUUUGUGUCCUGGUACAGCCUCUG